AUGGAUCAUCGCCGAAAUGACAAAGCACUCCUGUUAAACUGUGAUAAAACAGAGGGAGUAUCGACCAGGAAGAAUUCUCAUCCAUGGAUCAUCGCAGGAAAGCAUUUCCACUGCUUGCCUCCAACCUCCCUUGCAAGUAAUAAGCUCGGCGGCGUCUUCUUUCUUUUGUCGGCGGCGAGCUGCUCAGGAACAGCAGCGGCCGGCCAGCUUGCUUAUUCUUCAUCCUUCCACCGACGCUUGAGUAGCAACAAUGAGAGAGCAGAUGGCGGGAGCAGGGGAGGCGGAGCAGUGGCGUAG